CGCGGAGCGGGCGGGGGGGGUGGGCGGCGGCGCUGUGAGGGGCUCGGCGCUGUGAGGGGCUCGGCUCGGCGCACCCAGCCAUGGAGCUGAACUCGUUGCUCAUUCUCCUGGAGGCGGCCGAGUACUUGGAGCGGAGGGACCGAGAAGCAGAACACGGCUACGCCUCAGUGCUGCCCUUCGCCAGUGACUACUCCCGCAAGAAAACAAAGGCGGCCCCCCUGGCCAGGAGAGCCCCCAGCAGCAGGUCAUCACACAACGAACUAGAAAAACAUAGGCGGGCUAAACUCCGGCUAUAUUUGGAACAGCUAAAACAGCUUGUGCCUCUCGGGCCGGACAGCACCAGGCACACCACCCUAAGCCUGUUGAAAAGAGCUAAGAUGCAUAUCAAGAAAUUGGAAGAACAGGACCGAAAAGCUCUAAAUAUUAAAGAACAAUUACAGCGGGAGCACCGCUACCUCAAGCGCAGGUUGGAACAGCUAUCCGUGCAGGGCAUGGAGCGCAUCCGCACUGACAGCAUGGGAUCAACAAUAUCCACUGACUCUGAACAAGAAGUAGACAUUGAAGGAAUGGAAUUUACGCCAGGUGAAAUGGACAGUAUUGGAAGUGCCAGCGAUGCUGAAGACCACUACAGUUUGCAAAGCGGCUCGAGCGACGGAGGUUACACACAUUCCCGCAGACUGAAUGCCAGGCUCUCAUAGUGCCUGAGUGACCAGUUCGACUCAGGACCAUCUGACUGAAGCACUUAUAUAUGAAUAUUCCAGAGGUGUCAACUGCCACUCUUCCGGGAAACCCCAACCACAGUAACUCUGGCAUGGAGGUUUCGUACCCACGGUUCCCUGCACUGUAACCACAAUAUUAGAUAUUGUAAAUCAUGGGUUUGCUGCAGAGAACUGUGGUUAGGUACAGUUGUGACUUAAAGCUAGCUUGAUGUAGCCAUACUGCAAAUUAAAGAAAAUAAAUUGUCAUUCCAUUCAAGAAGUAUUAAAUUCAAACUGUUGGAAGCAUGGCGUCAGGAAGUUUGACACUUAUUUUGAUUUUGCAGAAACCAUUUUCAAACAUCGAAGAAUAAAUGGAAUCUACGUGUUAGUGAUUCAGAGAUACAAAAACUUUAAAGCUACUUUUUGUGGUAUUUUUUCAUGGAAAAACCCCAACAUUUUGAAUGCUGUAUAGCAGGCUCUAUAACACAAAUUCUUUCAGCAGUUGUUGUUUGGGUGAAGCAGGCAGAUAAACCUUCAAAUCUCAGAUGAUCUUUAGAAAAGGUCAUAUUUACAAGUCACUACUGUACUUCAAAACGGGGGAAAAGCCAGCUCUAACAAUGACUUCAUGUGGGAUGAUCUCAACUUUCUUCUGCUUUUUUAUAUUCAAUAUCCAACCAGCAGCACAUCAUUCUAUCCAUGUUAACAGGAGUAGUAGAAACCAACACUGCAAUUUUAACCUGUUAUUGUGGAAUGGAUGACAUCUGAAGCAUUUCAGUGUUUUCGGUGUUUGUUUGUUUUUUUCUCCAUUUCUUUGUCUGAAGAAUGCAGAACUCAAGUGAUCCAGAUUGCGAUAACUUUUCCUCGCAAGGAAAAUCUCUGUUUGCUUGUUCUUUGUUGUUUUUUUGUUUUUUUUUUUCUAUUUACACAUGUCAAUACAUUUUUAUGGAAGGCAUGGCUUAAAAUUACAGUAUUCAGCUAGAAGAUAAUUAAUCUUUUUUUCUUUUGCACACUAUAAUUGCAUUUUUCUAUUCUUUAAAAGUGCAAAAAAAAAAUAAAAUGUAUGCUGUAAAACAGCAAAGUUUAUUUAGUACUCAUCAAGCUGUUCAGAACAUAUUUACCCAAAUUGUAGCAAUACUAUGAAGGUGUAUUUUAAUACAACUUCUGCUUAGUGAAGUCAUUAGAGCUUGGCUUGCCGGGUAAGAAAAAAAUGGACCAGUCUUUGCAUUACCUGUUUAAAGAAGGUCUUUUAAAAAAAAAAAAAAAAAGGAAAAAAAAAAAGAAAAAAGAAAAAAAGCUAUAAACACUUUUAGGGAAGUGAUUUUAGCAAGUGUAGUCUAUAUUUCCUGUAAGAGAUUUUGUAUUAUAUUUUCCUAAAUGUUCUCAUUUACUUGUAUAGGGAGGGGAAUGGUACAGACCCAGACCAGAGUCUCAGGGACUCUUCACCUUUGUCAUAUUGUGCCUUGGUGACCAUUUAUGUAUGCCUCUCCUUUUCAUUGUUUAAAGGACAACUAAGCUUUGUUUCCAGACCCUCUGUUUGAAUGGUCAGUUGUCCACCUUCUUGCCGAUGAAGCAGAGAGGUGUAUUUAUAUCUUCACCCUCUCACAACUGAUUCAGUGUGGCUUUAAGUAAAAUCAUAAAAUUAGGUUUUGGUGCGAGGGUUAAUUGUCUUUGUAUGAGCCCUCCCUGUGAUUCUUCAGCACCCGAAUCUAUAUUUUGUUAGCUUAUAAAUAAAGUCAGGGUCUCCGUGAGACCAGUGCUCAGUGGCUGGGGAAACACAAAUGUACUGUGUCAGGCUAUGGGAUGUCCAAGUGUGGUGCCAUUUUUAGCAUUCAGCUACAAGACCUCAUGACGUACUGACCAUAAUGAUCAAAAACAAAGAUUCAGUUGUUCUUUCAACAUCUGACAUACGUGUCCUCCCUUUGGCUCUUACAACACGGAGUAGAAAUAUGAAUACAUUUUGUGGCAGCUUACAGAUCCUUGUUUGCACUCUCGCUUACUGCUUGGAACUUGCCAACAAGGAAAACGUAUACAUUUAAGUUACAUAACCUAAUGGAUGGCCACCCCUACUUUGGCUCUGGGGAGGGGCCUAAGGUUAUAAACUCUGGCAGCUGAAUAAGAAAACAAUUAACCUUUUCUGUGAUGCAGGUUUUGGUAUUAUGUUAUCUACACCUUGCAUAUUACUAAAAUCCUCGUUGUUGGGGAAAGCACACAGCAAUAUACUCAUUGUGUGUAGCUGACAAGCAGCAGAAAUUACUAGCUCCUUUGGUGCAUAUGUAACUAAUUUCCAAAUAAUGGAAACAAAAAAAAUAAGAGUUUACUUUAACACACGACUGUUAACAGGAAAAAAAAAAAGGCUAGUAUAUUGUUGCUGUUCAUUUAUUAUAUAAUGAACACACUCAUGAAUUGUAAAGUGUUUCCUUUCAUGACAAGCAGCUCUUGCACAGAACCUCCUAAUGAAAAGAGAUUUGAAACUUACAGAAGGAAAGACAAGAUUUUAAAUUGAGCAUUAUUGUACCUUAGGUCGACCUGAAAUUUUCUUUUUAAAGAUGAAUGUGCUAACUUAAUGAGUUCUUCCACGCUGGGUAUCCAUGGCUUUGUAGAUCUUAUAUUUUCAAUAAAAAUUACUCGAAUAAUCUUGAGUGGAAAUAAAAAGGGUUUGUUUUCACUUUUUCAGUUAUUCCAGCGGGGGCUAUUAUCCUGAUCAAGAAAAACGUGACUGUGCUAUUCUCCCUUACGUGCAGCCUGCUCUGAGAGGUGUUUUCAGCCGUAGACCCCUUGUCUACAGACCAGGUACCAAAGAAGUCCGGCUGCAGGCGAUGGCACGGCUGCACCCGGUGCUGGGUUUGGCUGCUGCUGUGUGCAUCCACCCUCACUGGGGCCAGUCAGGGCUCAGAUGCAUCAUCGAGGGAUGGAGAUGGCGUGCCAGUUUCGCUCAUUUUUAGGUUGAAUAUUUGCACGUGUGCUUCAUGUGCGUGCAUGCGUUGGUGUGCACACAACCGUGUCUGUAAUCAUGGCACUAGUGCACAACGAAUGCUGCUGGCUCCAGUAUUAAACCCUACAGGUUCCUUGGCAGCGCUGCCGUUUGGUGUCAUGACCAUGCUUUUAGCAGGUGAGAAGCUCCCACUUCUAAGCCCAUCUUCUUUUUCCCCUCUGCAAUUACUGCACGGGGAAAGAAUGAGCAGAGAAAAGAUGACAGGGCUGCUGGGUCAUUUCCUCUGCGGAAAAGGCUCUGGAGAGAUGAAGUCACCAAGAAGUCCUUUUGCAAGAGGAGGAGGUUCAGCCUCCUCCUGGGCCAGACGACAGCGCAUGCCCCCUUGCAGCACGGGGCUGGCAGAGGACCUGCACCCCUCUGCUGCUUUGGGGCUGGUUUUUUCCCGUCCUGGGACUCUGCUGCGAGCCUGCUCCCUGCCACCAGCGGGGAGAGGCGUGCAGAGCUGCCCCAAACGGUUAACUUUUUCUGCAGAUUCUCCACUGCAGUUAGGAGGAUGAAUACGCCUUCGCUCCCAUCCUGUCUCUGCCUACCUUGUAUCCUGCGGAGGCUGGUUUGUCUGCCUGGAAGAGCAGGGUUUGACCAGUGGAAGCUGCAGCAUGUUGUUAAACAGAGAGUGGAUCCUGACUUUUGUGCAAAAAAACAAA